AUGGCUUCCCUCCUGCUGCUGCUGCAAGCCAUCAUCCGUGGUGCCGACGAGGGGCGUCUCGGCACAAGGGAGGUGCCAGAGGAGGUGAAGCAGCCCAAGAUGUUCUCCCCAAACCCUCUGUUGGAGCACAAGGGAUGCAGGCUCGACGACGACGACGUGGAAGAAGAACGGUGGCUGGUUGCCUGCUUGCAGUGGCCCCGGACCAAUCACCAAUCAGCUUGGAUGCAGACGAUCUGA